CAGGCGCGGAAUGAUUACGUCCAACACUUGUAUAGACGUCGUUAUGGCAGCCCAUGCUACUGAGCUUGAAAUUGCCAAGAAACAUUUAACUGAAGCAAUUGGUGAUAAUGUUAAACAUUACUGGGCGAACUUGAAACUGUGGUUCAAACACAAGAUAAGCAAGGAAGAGUUUGACAUCGAGGCUCGUCGCCUUUUGGCACAAGACAACGUUCAUGUCCACAAUGACUUUCUCCUGGCCAUUCUCACACGUUGUCAGAUAAUCGUCGCCACACCAGAGGGUGCUGGAUCUUUGCAGUGGGCAGGUAGCUCAGCCUCCAAGCCUGGCAAGCCUGCCAAAGGAAAAAAGAAGUUCUCCUUCAGACAGAAAUUUGAUCAUCGCUUCCAGCCCCAGAACCCUCUGAGUGCGGCCCAGGCCUUCAGCCCGCGGGAGGUUGGGAGUGAGGAAGAGGAGCUGAGACUUAGUGCCCACACCCUGUUGCUGCCCACCCGGGGCCAGCUGGAGGCCCGCAUGAUGGUCACCGCUUUUGAGCUGGGCCUGGACAACGUCACGGAGGACGCCGUCAACACCAUGGUCCACGCAGUGGAGAACCACCUGAAGGACAUGCUGACUGCUGUGGUGUCCAGGAGGAAGGCCUACCGACUGCGUGAUGGACACUUCCCCUACGCCUUCGGCAGUGAUGUCACCCCCCAGCCCUACUUGAAGAACAGCCUGGCAGCCUACCACAUUGUCACAGAUUGCCCACCUCACAGUGCAUCUCGCCUGGCCUGCCCGCCCCCUCAGCUAUUACAAGACGAUGCUGAGCAGCAGGCUGCUCUCCUAUUGGCCUGUUCUGGUGACAGUCUCCUUGCGCCCCUCCUUCCGAUCAGCAUGUUUGACCUCCUGGAAGCGUUACAGGUCCACCGAGGUGUGAUGCCCUCUCACACCAUGUAUGCCCUGAACAUGGAACGGAUUCUGUCCCGGCUGUGGCAUCCCAGUCACGAGGACCUGGAGCAGGACCAUGUGCACCGCCAACGCCUCGCAGGGAAGGAUGGUCUGCUCGUCAGCUGAGACACACACACACACACAGACAGUCUGGUGGAUAGACAGGCAGAUUGUGGUGGGAGUAUGGCUGAGACAAAUGGAGAGUUUAACACACAGUGUUGAGGCAUCCAAAUGGCCCCUAAACCCUGCCUUGAAGCAGAGCGAGAGGAUGAUAUCGAAGACUGGAUUUCCACUCCACUAGGUCUACUCCGUAGAGGCUCUGCAACCGCUUCACCGCGCACCACAACUUUACACUAGUGUCAAUAACGUUUUUGAACGCUUGGUAGAGUGCAAACCCAGCCUAAGAUGCACACAGUAGAUCUGUGUUGAAGGCUCACAGAGCUGUGCUGUAAUGAGAAGGAAGGAAGGAAUGAAGGCCCAGUGUGGUGUGGUCACAGACAGCUUGUUAUGGCACUAACAUGUCUACACAGGUGCGCACACAGUGAUAUCUCUCCCAUAGCCUCUCUGACCCUCCUUUAAAUGCACCGUUAGUGAUGUUAAUACGUUUGAGGAGGUGUGCAUUUCUGACCUUCUGGUGGGUUUAUUUUGUCAGUUAAUUUGUUUGAUAGAAUAGUGUUACAUUUGUUGUAUUUCCCAAGCCUUUGUGUACAAAUGUUGCAGCCCUACUAUUGCGAUAUUAACAUGCUCUUGUAGAGUUAUGCCUGAGUAGUACACUUGGGUCCUUGUUCACUGUACUGUGUCAGAGCAAUGCAUGCAUUAGUAUGCAUACAAAUAUGUAUAUAUGUGUGUGUGUGUAUAUAUGGUUUAGUUAUUAUUAUUAUUUUUUUUUACACCAGCGAUCUUGUUUAAUAUCAAAGUCCACUUGACCAAUAGUAUUUACUCUAGUAUCUUAUGGUGCCACUGUUGCCAAUGACAUCUAUAGUGACACCAACUGGUCUGGUGCAGCCAUCUAAGGUUGCAGUGACUUUGUUCACACAGCUUGUAAGGACAUCUACGUAAGGUUUACUUACCACGUUUCAUGGCCCAUGUCCAUCGGUUCAGUUCUUUAUAGCCCUGGUGAUAUAUGGUGCCAUCUAGUGGUGCAGUGUGGCCGACUUUGAAUGCAGCAACUAAUCAUUGUCAAAUUCAUUAGGCUAAUUCAUUGACUCCAGAUUUGGUAUAUAGACUCAAUCUGACUUCAUGACUUCAUGAGAAGAUGUUUUAAGUAUUAUUAGCAUAUGUGCUAACAUGCAUCUAUAGGUUCAUCUUAAGGACGUCCAUGAUGGCGAUGAUGCGUUUCAAGUUGAUAGGCCACUUUGGAGUGGCUUUACAGUGGUUUAAAUGGACACGUCAAAUCUGAUUUUUGAUUUGUUAACUCUGCCAUCUUUUUACCAAUCCCUUUUAGCUUUUCCUCAAGCUAAGUUAAGAUGUAGCAUGGGCCAACAUUCCACAUUUGGUGUCAUGGUUCAUGAGAAGAUUUCUUUGAAGUUAUUAUUAUAUUUUUGUUUUUCACAUUUUAGCAUAUGUGCUAAUAUGCAUCUAUUGGUAUAGUGUGACCAUCUUUGAAUGCAUUAAUGUUAUUUUCUCAAAUAGCCUUACAUAGGAAACUAUUAACAAUUCACUUUGACUAACUUUUUUAAAGAUAUCAAAGCCAAACUUAACAUGGUUCAUCAUGGUAAUGUAUUUGAUGACCCUACAAAGUCGAUAGUCCAUUUAAAACCUUUGUAAAUCCACAUGUAAAAUCUGAUUUCCUGAUUUAUCAAUAACUCAGCCAUCUCGUCACCAAUCCCUUAGUUUGAGAAAAACUAAGUUAAGAGAUGGUAUAAUUUGGAUUUAUGGUUCAUGAGAAGUUUUUCAAAGAUUUUUCAAAAUGUCCAAGAUGGAGGAAAAUCUAUCCUGAGGGACCGUAUGGGUUCUUGAGGCAAAUUUGUUCAGCAUAGCUUUGCUGUGAAUCCCUUAUAAUAGUAGUAAACAGUAUGGCAGCAUCAUAAGUGGUGUGCAAGUGUCCGUGUAGGCGUGAUAGUCCUGUUUACAUGUAUAUUGGCCUAAAACAUGACUGGUUACAGGGAUAUAUAUAUAUAUAUAUAACUACUUAUGGUUAUACACUAAUGGUAUUAUAUACAGUGCAUUUGGAAAGUAUUCAGACCCCUUGACUUUUUCCACAUUGUUACA